GAGUCAUUGAUAUUUGUGUCAAUUAUAAACACAAUCACAUACCCUUUCUCUCCAAACAUAGGGAAAAGCUCCCUUCUUCCAGUAACCUUCAUCAACAACGGAAAAGCAAAUGAUCCCACAGGUAGUCCUAAACUCUAGCCAUGGAAUGCCCUUGAUAGGCUUGGGAACAGCUUGUGACCCUAUCCCUGAAAAUCUCACUUCUACUCUAGUCCAUGCAAUUGAGAUCGGUUACCGGCACAUCGAUACUGCUUCUCUCUACAAGACCGAAGAGUUCGUCGGCCAAGCCAUAGCCCAAUCACUCGAACGAGGCCUAAUCGAUAACCGUAGCGAUGUUUUCGUUACUUCGAAGCUAUGGUGCUCAGAUGCAGACCAUGAUCUUGUCCUUCCAGCACUCAAAGAAACACUACGGAAACUGGGACUAGAUUAUGUGGAUCUCUAUCUGGUGCACUGGCCUUUAAGGUUGAAACAAGGAACUGGAAUCAUUUUCCCAAAGGAAGACUUACUUCCCUUUGAUAUGAAAGAGACAUGGGAAGCCAUGGAAGAGUGUUGCAGGUUAGGGUUAGCAAAGUCCAUUGGUGUCAGCAAUUUCUCAAGCAAGAAGCUCUCCCAACUUCUAACAUAUGCCACCAUCCCUCCAGCUGUGAAUCAGGUGGAGAUGAGUCCCUCAUGGCAACAGAAGAAGCUGAGAGAUUUCUACAAUGAAAAAGGGAUCCAUGUCAGUGCCUGGUCUCCUCUUGGAGCAUAUGGAGCUCAUUGGGGUUCUUCUCUGGUCAUGGAGAAUCCAAUUCUCAAAGAUAUUGCCAUGGAUAAGGGGAAAACCAUUGCACAGAUCUCACUGAGGUGGGUAUAUCAGCAAGAAGCAAGUCCAAUUGUGAAGAGCUUCAACAAGGAGAGGAUGAAAGAAAAUCUCCAAAUCUUUGAUUGGGAACUUACCCAGGAAGAGAUGGAUAAGAUAAGCCAGAUUCCACAGAGGAAGGGAUUUUCAGGAGCAAUGUUUAUUUCGCCAAAUGGACCUUACAAGUCAUUGGAAGAACUUUGGGAUGAGGAGGUCUUAACCCUGUAAGAUUUCUCGUUCUUUUUUAGAUAGGGUCACUGAACAAGGAAGAGAAGUUGAGGAAUAUUAUUGUAAUGACCACAAUAAAGCUAAAAAUAGAUUUAA